CGCGGGUUUUGAUGACUGCAUGUUUACCUGACACACUACUGACCCAAAGUCUGUGAGAGAUGUCUCCGAAGAAAAGGGCCAGAGGGAGCAAAAGUUCAGCCAAAGAUGACGAGGGUGAAAAAGUCUCUUCUGCUAAGGAGACAGUUGGCAGGAAGAGGAAAGCUGCGGCUUCUGUCGAGGAUGAAAAAAAAGAAAGCACAGAAUCAUCGAGUCCCCUGCAGUACUGUCACUGGCUGAUGAAGUCUGAGCCUGAGAGCCGCUUUGAGAACGGCAUCGAUGUGAAGUUUGGGAUCGAGGAUCUGAAGGCUUUGCCUGAUCAGACAGGCUGCUGGGACGGUGUCCGCAAUUAUCAGGCGCGCAACUUUAUGAGGCAGAUGAAAGAAGGGCAGCUGGCUUUCUUUUAUCACAGCAACUGUAAGGAACCGGGGAUAGCAGGGAUCAUGACAAUUGUGAAGGAAGCAUAUGUGGACCAUACUCAGUUUGACAAGAAAGACGUCCAUUAUGAUGCCAAAAGCAAACCAGACAACCCCAAGUGGAGCAUGGUUGAUGUCCAGUAUCAAAGGAUGUUGAAUCGUUAUAUUUCUCUGUCUGAGCUGAAAAAGUACCACCUGAAGCAUCGUGCCAAAGGAGGGCCUUUAAAGGACAUGGCACUUUUUACAAGAGCCCGGCUGUCUGUGCAACCUCUCACCAGCGAGGAGUUUGAUUUUGUCCUGAGUUUGGAGGACCAAGAGCCACUGUGAGGAUUUGGACCACAUGAUGUUUUGUGAUGGGGUGAAAUAAUGAAGCAACAAUUAAGCACAUCAUCAAACCAUCAACCCAGUGAUUAUGGAAAAUGCAAUGAGUUGAAAUAACUGUUUCUUUGUACUACUCUAGUUCAUAAAUAUUAUUAAAAGUAUUUGUCAAAUCAUGACUCAGAUCCACUUUCUAC